AUGUGCUCCUACGGGACGGCUGACCUUUGCAUCGGCUGCCCGGGCUGGGAGUUUGAUAGGGCGGAGAUACCCCACGCAUGGAUCUACUGUGUGAACAUCUUCGGCUUCAAGUCCCUGGAGCCGAACGAGGCGCUCUUCAACAAGCGCCGCGAGGAGCUCAUCGCCUGGAAGAGCACUCACGAAGAGUUCGAUGAGUCUGAACUUGGGCGAAGCGGUGUGGAUCUACUGCCAAAUCCAUUGAGCAUGCCGGUCGCUGUGCGUGCCAGCUUCGACACCCGACAGGUGGUGGCUGCCCGGCAAGGUGUGGAGGUGCUCUGCGAGCUGCUCUCCGGCGGCUCCGAGGCGCAGCGCCGGAGCGCCGUCUUCGCUCUCCGGAACCUGGCCGACCCCGCAGUCACCGCUGGCCUGCACGGAGCAGUCUACAGGCUGCUGCAAACUUGCCAGGAGGCCUGUGCAAGACUGAGGAGAAGUCGAAUUUGCAGCCGCAGCCCACGGCCCAAGGCCUCGACGUUUGCUGCUGCUGCGGAGCUGGUCACGAAUAUUCUGAACUGGGAGCCCCCUCUCGGCGAAAAAGGUGUCGAGGACGGCAUCCGACUGGAGCUGAUCAAGCAUCUCAUCGCCCCACCCAUCGAUCCAGUGGACCAAGUCGUAGACAAGGCACGACUGGAAGACCGAGCUCCUCAUGUCACACAGCGGCUGAUGACCUCGGUCGAAAUCCGCCGCAACGUGGAACUGAUGGCUGAUCCCAAGGCAAAUGCUGUGGAGACCUUCUUCAUGUAUCUUUCAUGUUCGCAGAGCCUCACAGUGACAAGAACCCUAGAGCUGCUGAUUCGGUUGGUUUCUCGAUCAACGAGCGAGAUUCGAAGGACAUGGGCCGAAGACAUGUGCCAGUCCCACCACUUCAAGCGCCUCAUGGAGAUGGUCAUGCAGCAAGGUGACCGGCGAGUGCGGGGCCUUUACGAGACAUUGUUGGGCUUUGUGCUGAAGCAAUGUGACCAGACUCGCCUCAUGGAGACAGUGACUUCCUACUCAGAGGAUGAGAUCUCCGCAGAAGAGCGUUUCUACAUCGGCAAGAUCCUUUACGGGUGCCUGUCCUGUGUGAAAUCCAUGCAGGAGACACGCCCUCUGCUGGCCCCCGCGCUGGCAGAUGCCAUGAAACCAGAGCAUGCGCAGGGCGUGAGCCGCAUUCGAAAGUUGCAGAUCCAAGGGGCGCCUGGAAUUGCUGUGGAGUGCAUACCACUUGCGCCGCUUGUUGGGAAUGUGAGAACGCAGGUCAAACUGUGGCAGCCAGACAAGGAACAGCUCUACCCUGUUUGCAAGAACCCCAACGAGAUCUACAUCUGGAUCUCGCACAGCGAGUCCGAGCUGGACCAGCCCGUGGAGCGUCGUGAGGUUCCUCCCUGCGUAGUGGUGAUGUGCCACACCCAGCCGAUGCCCAAACGCGGUGAGGAGAUGCGAGAGGAGGUGACCCAGCGCUACGAGGGAACCACGGCAGACAAGAUCCUGUGCAAGAGCCUAGACUUCGCAGACUCCAUCUACUACCAGGUGCAGUUCAUGGGUGGGCGAGCCAUCCAGCCCUUCGUGGAGCAAGAGGAUGCGGAGCUGCUGCAGGAUGAGCCACCCCGAGUCGUCCUGAAGCUCCUUUGCACCAACAUGGUCAUGAAGGACAUGACAGAGCAGAAGGUGAAGCUGAAUUGCAAUGCUGCCUUCGCCAUCAUUCCCAAUCGAAGCCAGACAGUUGCGGAGUUCAUUUUCAAGCAGGUGGAAGACAUUGAAGAAGAGCUGCUGCAGGAGCUGGCGCAGGCGAAAGGAGAGCAGGACACAGAAGAGGGUGCGAAUGACGAGGUCGCAGAAGGCAUGGCCCUGCCUGAAGAGAUGGUCAUCCUGCAGCAAGACCCGUCCAAGACCGUCAUGUACCAAGAAGAUGUCUUGCGCUGGGCACGCGCUGCACGGAUCGCCAGGAAGAGUCUUGAGGGUAUCGGCGAUGGAUCCGUUGUCAAUGGCGGACAGGACAUAGAUGCUUCUAAGGACGACAAUGCCGAGGCAGCAGCUGCUGCAGCCUUGCGGGGAUCCAGUUCCUAUGGACGUGUUGCUGAAAAGCUACGGCCAAUCCAACGAUUCUUUGCGCUGUGUCUGGUUGCCAUGACCAAGGCAAGUUUGUCGCGCAUGUCCGAUGCCAGACAGCGGCUCAUUGAGCUAAUGGACUCUCUGGAUUCCUACACAGCACAGGCCAUCUGCGAGGCCAUUCUGGAGUUGCUGACGAUGCCUAAGAACAUCGGAUUAUUCUCCAAAAGCAGCAUCGACAAAACGCUGAUGAGCAUGGAGCAAACGUUCCAGCAGCCGGAGUCCGCCGAGAGAUCUCUGAUCGCUUUUGCAGACAUCCUUUGGAAGUACCUGAAGCCGGACUCGCGUCUCGCCGAGGAUGGCUUGAAGGCCUGGCAAGUGCUUGCUUGCUAG